GUCGACACGGUACAGUACAUCAUCGAGACCGUCGUCGACCAGCUUUCGGACAAUCCUGACCGCAAGUUCAUUCAAGUAGAGCAGGGUUUUUUCUAUCGUUGGUGGGAACGCCAGCACGAAUCAAUGCGGGAAAAAGUACGGAAGCUGGUGGCUUCUGGCCAGUUGGAGUUUAU